AUGUAAUAAGCACAAUAUGAUCCAAGAGAAGUUGAAUUGGUUGAUUUAGGAAUAGAGGGAAUAGAUUUGAUUCAUAAAAAACAUCUUAAAAAUAUUAUUUAUGCUAUAACUGAUAAGUAUUAUAAUUUAUUUAAUAUAAUAGAUUUUCUGAAUAGGAUCUUGUUUAUAUUGAAAGUUUUUGUUCUGAUGAAAAUGCUGAAUAUUUUUCACCUAUGAAACUUAUACUUUAUUUGCAUUUAAGAUAUUAAGAGAUUAAAAUGAAUAGUAGAUAAUUAAUUAAAGAAGUAUUGUAAAAGGUUAUACCAAUGACAUUUGAUAUUCCUCAAAAAUUGGAAGCUGAAAUACCUGAUAAUUAUAUUUAAGAUGGUUUGGAAGGUUAUUUGGACAUUAAUGUUUUAGAUAAUUUUCUUAAGGAAUCUGUAAAAUCAAAUUUUUAUAAGGAAGAAUAUAGAGUAAUAUUAAUAUAAUAAUUAAACAAAUUGAAAUCAAAAAAGUUAGAUUAAAUAUCAAAUUUUAUUAGUGAUCAAAUCUCAUAAUUACCGUAAUGA